AUGAGCAGAUCCCAAGUUUCCUUCCUUGAAGACCCGGUGUUUCAUCACAGGAACAAUGGGGAUUUGAGAGCCUCCAGUGCCGUGGUCAAAGACGCAGAGAAGUUUGAUUUGACCCAUCACGAGGAUGGCCGCAUCUCUUUGAAAUGCCACACAGGAAAAUACUUGAAGGUGGACAAAAAUGGAGACGUUCGCGGCUCAGGCAGCUCGGUGGAGGAGGAGAGCAAAUUCGAAGUCGAAAGCCACGAGAGCGGUUUGAUCUCCCUUCGCAGCUCUGGGGGCUAUGUGGCCGCCGAAGCCAAUGGCAGGAUCCGCGCCAAUCGCGCUACCGUGGGCGCCUGGGAAGUUUUUCAGGCCCAAAGAUUGCCCCCUGGGUUUCAGAAUUUUGACCGCAAAUGGGGAUUUAAACGUUUGGUUCCUAUCGUUCCAUAA